AUUGCUUUUUCGCGAUUAUUUUUGUGUAUACGCGAAAUCAAGGGGGAAAUCUGUGCGCGUAAUUUUCUCGAUAAAAUUCAGUGGUAAUCUAGUGAAAAAUGUGCUUUUUCUUUGCCGAUAAGUGAUCUUUAACCAGUGCUGUUGCUGAAUUUGGGAUUUUGAGGCUGAAAGCUAGCUAGUAGCGGCGGCCAAACACGAAAACCUUAACCGCAUAAUUGCAAUAUAAAAAGCUUCCAGCACCAGAAGGCGUGUGCGGCGAUGCAUACGCUGAGGUGUAACGACACGACCACGAGUACGGCCCCGGCCGCCGCAGGUGCCAUAACCGGAGCAACCGGCGGAAGUGGAAGUAGCGCCGGUGUUGCAGGCGGAGGAUCGUCAACUGGCGGUGGUGCUGCCGGAAGCGGGGUAGCAGCAACCGCAGGCACGUCGAUCCUUCAGCUUCAACAGCAAUCCCCGCCGCUUCAGUCGCAGCAGCAACAACAACAACAACCGCCGGGAUCGCAACUACCGAAAGGAGCUCCCGUUCGGCUCAACGGUAUCAAAGGCUACCAAAACCGAACCAACCAUAUCAUCUACUGUCCACCGCUACUGCGCUCCAAAGAAGAAUGUACGGCGGUCGUCUAUUUCGGUGGUGAUGUACAAGAUAUCCCGGAGAAGAUGGAAACCAAUCGGGACAACAAGAAUUACAUCAAGUGGAAUCUGGAAAACACUGCCCUGCUGUUGAGGGAUUCGUUUCCUCGGGCGCACAUUGUAGUGGUGCGGCCGAUGCGCAUGGAGUAUAGCACGUUCAGCUGCUUUGACAAUUUUGUCCGCGGCAACAAUGCAGGCAUUCCCGACCACACACCAAUGCACUAUUCGCUACAACAUUUAGAAGAAUUGCUUAUCAAUUUAACGAAAAAACUGACAAAGCCUGUGUUAGAACCGGACUUGUUGCAUAAACUGAUAGCGGCUACAAACUCGACGCUCUGCCCAACGGGUCUGGAUGGUAGUCACGAAAUGGAUGUAGAAGUUCUACAGUCCGAUUUGCAUAACAGCACCGCAUCGACGGAUGCUAACACGUCGGCAUCAGCCAUCAACAGUAGCAAUGCCAGCUCGGCUGACAUCAGUGAGAUUCUGUGGUGGCGAGAAAAUUUAAACCUAGAUAAGGCAAAUCUCGCGUUAAUGGGCUUCAGCAAGGGCUGUGUUGUCCUCAAUCAAUUUAUCUACGAGUUUCACUACUACAAAACGCUGACGCCAGACGACAGCACAAUGAUGCGGUUGGUUUCGCGAAUAAAGGAUAUGUACUGGUUGGACGGUGGCCACGGGGGAGGCAAAAAUACCUGGAUCACGUCCCGAAGCCUACUGGAGACACUAUGUCGGCUAAGGAUCAGCGUCCACGUGCAUGUUACGCCAUAUCAGAUCCAGGACGACCAUCGGCCCUGGAUACGGAAAGAGGAGAAAGCUUUCACCGAGCUGUUGAAGCGUCUCGGAGCACCCUUCGAUCGGCACCUAUACCCGAGUGAGGCCAAUUCAACGAAUUUGUUCACGCACUUCGAGGUGCUGAACCGGUUCCGGCAGUACCAGAUUAAUGGUUUCGCACAACAACACCUUCAGCAACAGCAGCAGCAGCUGACUGCCACGAACCUGUCUACGACGGCUCCGCCAGCCGACGAUGACGGCGUGCAUGUGCAACCGCAGCCGCAAGCGUUGCUGGUUGGCCACAACGAAACAGCCGAACAGGCUAGUAGUGAACCCGUGCAAAUGAUUACCGGUAAUGAUACGGACAUCGAGGACGAUAAGAUUGCGGACGAGGACGAAGAGGAGAACGGCUCGAAGUGAUUCGUGAUCGUUCCGAGGCGCGAGGCGGCCCCGAAUCGUACGUAGCCAGUGAAUCGUAUUUCCCAAUGUAUGUGAUUCCAGUGAUGAGUGCAUUCUCUCCCGGAGGAUCGCUCACUUCUCUACCAAGCAAGUCAUUUUCUACAGUGCAGCAUUUUCUAUUUGUGUUAUUUCAUCGGUAAAAAGAAAAAAAAACAGGCCAACCACGGAUCUCGCAGCGAACUUCGGCAGCGUGUAGUGUGCUGCAUUAGGUGAUCGCAAGCAAUUGUACAGCUAACAUUAUCCUAUCGGUAUAACUCUUCUAGCAUGCCAUUUAUAUUUUGCGUGAAUAUCUGUUAGUGCGGAUCGUGCAUUCUUCGGAGAAUAGUUUAUAUUUUUAUUACCUACCUAUAAUAUUGAAGCAAAAAAAAAAUACUUUAAAGUUCAGAAUCAUGCGUGAAACGUAUAUUUUAAUAUAUUUUUGAUAUAAUUUUCCUUCGAUUAUGUUAGGAUUUACGUUGAAACAACUGGCUAGGCAAAAAAAAACAGCAGACGUUGGUGUGUUCGCCUUUGGGGGGAGGCUAACGUUUCUGUUCACUGGGGAAUCGAUAUUUCUAAGUUAAGCGCGGUGAGAACAACAACAAUUAGCAACAAAAACUCAAAGUAUUCAUUUCGGAUCAAUGUUUUAACUAGAAGAAGCAAGAAGUAUCUUUUUUCGAAAAUAAAACUUAAACUAAGCGUAGAUGCAGCUUGUUGAUUCGAGAAUAUCCAAAAAAUUAUAUCUUGAUAAAAAUAAAAGAAACAGAUUUUAAGAAAAACAUAAAACAAUCAAAACAAAAUUUAAACUUUUCUGGAUGAAUGGUCAAAAGUAGAUGUU